CCUUCACUUUCAGCCACCCCCCGAAUGGCCUACUACGGCCAGUGUCUCCAGACAGUCAUCAAAAAGUUGGACCAGUUCCAGCCAGGCAAGGACAUCCCAGAGCACUUCCUGGAGGAGGUGGCCACUUCCCUUAAGGCCUUGCCCCUCCAGAAGCAGGCCUUCACCCUGGAGGUGCUGGAGGGCUGUCUGGAGCACUGGACGCUGCUGGCCGUGGUGGUGGACGCCUUUUACCUGCGGGAUGGCCGGCUCUGCCUGCUUGCCGACUACAGCCUCUUCCAGGCUAUCUGCUACCUGGCCACCUUCCAGCUGGAUGAGCUGGGCUUCCAGCUCUUCUGCGACAUCAUCAAGUCACAGGCCCUGGACAAGAUGUACAAGUUCCUGGGCUUCUUCUUUGAACCCCUGCACCUGCGGACGUGGAUACAGGACCAGUGGAGCCUCAUCUAUGAGCCGGCGCACGUGAGGGAGAGCUGGGUGGAGCCCCUGCUGAGGUGGCAGCCCAAGGUGCAGCAGCUGCUCUGCCAGCUACAGGAGACCCUGGCCGCUAAGCCCCCGAGUCACCCGGCCAAGGGCAAGGCCACGGAGCCCCAGGAGUUCCGGCUGACCACCCCGAGGCCCCGCGCCAUCCCCGUGCCCGAGCGGGUGCCCUGCGUGCCCAAGCCAAAGCCGGUCCCCAGGAGCACUUACCAGCCACCCAGGACCCAGCAGCUGCUUGAGCUGACCAAGAGGUCCAACCGCAGGAAGGCCGAGGAGCUUCUGCUGAACGCCAACGUGGAGGAGCUGCGGUGUGCCAUGCCCAGGAGGCAGGAGGAACCCCCCCUGCAGGACUCGGAGAAGCAGCCUCGGCCUCGGCUCCCACCCCACAUACAGGCCUCCGGGAAGCUGACUUUCUUCACGCCCAACGACGUGCCCGUGAAGCUGAACACGGCCGCCAUCCUGCGGGAGGGGGCCCUGUACCAGCGGCAGGUGGAGAGAGAGCUGCAGAGGGUGGACAGGCUGGUGGAUGGUGCUGGCGACUACUCUGAGUUCCUCGAGUGGCAGAAAAAGAUGCUGGCCCGAGACCAGGCGGAGCAGCUGGUGGCCGGGGAGUGUCGCCGGCUCCAGGGGAAGCUGAGCCACCGGGAGGCCGUGCUGGCCCGGCAACACCUGGCCCAGGAGAACAGGCUGAGGGCCGAGCAGAAGAAAGAGGAGUCGGCCGAGCUGCAGCAGCGGCGCGUGGAGACGCGGCGGCGGGAGCUGGAGGGCCGGAGGGAGCUGGUGGAGCAGGUGACCGAGGCGCGCGAGAACGUGAAGGCCGCGCAGGGCCGGCUCCUGAGGGAGCGGCAGCAGACGGGAGGUGACGGAAGAGAACCGCCAGCUCCUGCAGCAGAGCGCCCGGGCCGCCCUGGAGCAGCAGAGGCAGCGCUGCCAGCUCAUCGUGCGGAUGCGGGCCCUGGAGACUCAGCCCCAGCGCAAGGCCAAGUUCGUGGACCUGGCACAGGUGCGAGGAGCGCAAGGUGCGGGCCGCGGCCCCCCAGGGACCCCAGGACGAGCGGCUGCAGGAGCUACGGAGGGCGCUGCGGGACCGGGAGGCCGAGUGUGCGUGUGGGGCGUACCCACAGGUGCCCCCGUCCCGGGCCUCGCACCAGCCACCCAGGGGGCAAGGGGAGCAGCAGCACUGGCUGGAGCUGGAGCAGAGCCGUGAGCGCCGCCUGCGAGCCCUGCAGGGGGGAGGCCGCGCCUGAGCCGCCUGAUCAAUCUCCCCCUGCCUGCACCCUCACCGUGCCCCAGACACCCCCAAACCCACAGCUGUCGCCCCACCCUCCCGGGACCCCGCCCUGCCCGCUCAUCCCAGUCUCCCCGUCACCCCAGCAGAACCCUGGUCACUGGGGGCAUCGCACAUUAAAAUCUUCCUGAUAAAUUGCCCGUCUGCUGGCCUGGCCCGCGCCCUGCACUGGCCGUCGGCCAGGCACCCCGCCCCACCGCACCCUUCCCUGCCGCCCCUCCUCGCAGACCCCACUGGGCCCCCAAGACAGGAUGUGAGGUCUGGUGGGGUGGGAGGCACCCACACACAGGGCACACCCCACUGGGCCGCAUCUGGGACAAGGACACUCCCCAGGGGGAGCCCGCACCAGACCCUCAGGCCGGAGAACAAAGGGAGACCCACCUGCCCGCCGGGCUCCAGCCCCGGAGGUGAAAUUCUGCCAGCGCCAGGGCCGGGCUGAGGGCGACUGUCACCAUGUGCAAGGCCCUGGGUUCAAGGCCCUGGUCCCCAUCUGCAGGGGGGAUGCUUCCUGAGCGGGAGGGGAGUCUGGAGGUGUGUCUGUCUCUCUCCCUCCCCGCCUCCCACCUCCUCUGUCUGUCUGUCUGUCUGUCUCCAUCUACCCAAUAAAUGCUAAAAUGCUGAUAUUA